CGCCCGAGUUCAGUGCGGGAGCGUGAUUGGCUAUGGGAUAACUCCAUUUUGGAAACAGCUGUUUAAGGACGUAAUCCUUCGCUUUGUCUUCAGGGGCUGUCCAUGAAACAGUAAUCUUGCGAACACAACUUCUCUUCAUCUUGCCUGAAGACGCGUAGGCUGCCAUAACUCUGCCGAAUCCGGCCAAUUAUGCAUUUAAAAGGAACCUUACGCCUUACAAUUGGGGACAUCCCUAAGCCUGCGUUGUAACAAGUGGAGGAAACUCAAGGUGUGAUGGCCAGAUGAUGGAUGUGGAGGCAUCAUACUCCGACUUCUGCACCUGUGACAGGACGGGCCGCAGGAACGCCGUUCCUGACAUCACAGAAGAGGCUCAGACCGUGGGCACCACUGACCUCACUAAGGACAUGGCCCAGAUGGACCUCAAACCCACAGAGGCAGACGCUUCCACGGCUCCUCCUCCACAGGCAGAGGCAUCAGGAGGCCAGGGGGCACAGGGGAGCGGCGGCCCUUCCUAAGAGAGGAGGAGGAGGAGGAGAACGGAGGAGGAAUGUGGAGGAGGAGGAGGAGGAAAGGAGACCAGGAGAGACGACACAGACGACACAGACAUUGGGCAGAAGAAAGAAGGACUCCUUUUGGUCUGAGCCAAUCUGAGUGGCCAGCUUCUCCCACAGACUACAACCCGCCCUCUCCCCCGCGUGGCUUUCCACCAAUGGCGUGCCUCGUUGUGCUGGACUGUACUCUGGAGCUGGACACGGUACUAGCCGUGAAGCUCCUUGAAGUUGGCUUGUUUUUCCCUGCCAACGUCACACAAAAAGCACAGAGUGUUUGUUUUGUUUUGUUUUAUAUCUCUCUCUUCUUUUUUUAAUUGAACCAUAAUACUGUCUGUAAUAUAUGACAAAUAACUUUAAUGCAUAGUCCUACAGUAUCUCUAUGAAGUUUUUUUUCUUGUUUGUUUUAAAGUGAAAGUUUGAAGUUAUCUUCCCUGGUGGGUCAUGGGAUGGGAGCUCAGCUUUUGCUCUUGAACAACAGGAAGAGCUGGAGCCUUUUGCAUCCUUUUCUAAAUGUGUGCUGGAGACCUCAGUGGACUGUUACAGAAUGGAUUUAGUAGCCUGUGAUCUGCCGCAGUGUGUGUGUGUGUGUGUCGUGCAGCCUCACGGUCCUGAUGUGGCCGGAGCCUCUCGAGUGUGGUUCUGGAGCAGAGGUGGAGCCCCCCACGCUCUGAAAUGGAACGGAGCUGGCGCUCAAGUUCGUGACCCAGUUUCGUGCUUUCUGAUGACCGUGCUGCCUGAGAAUGCGCUGUAGGGAACAUAUUUAUUUCAUGUUAUUCAGUAGAGUUGCUUUUGUGUGCGAGUGUGUGAGUGAAUGUGUGCGAGAGUGUGUGUGUGUGUGUGUGUGUGUGUGUAACAUACUUGGUGUUUAGAUACAGGGAGUCUGGGCAUCACAGUGGCGGUGAAGAACUCACUGCUCUUAUUUUAUGUUUUUACGGUAACAAUCUCAGAAUAAAAGAAAUUUCACUGGA